CUUCACUAAGGGUCAUCUGCUGAGUGGUAUGACCCAUGACCCCUCUCUCAUCAAGGAUGAUCCUAUCCUUGCAACCCCACUCCCAGUUGGAGCGACAUCAUCAAAAUUAUCUUCCGCCCUUCUCACAGGUCGUUCCCUCGUCCUACUUCAACUCGGCUCUCGUCUACUCACUUUCAUCCUAAACCAAUCUCUAAUCCGAAUAUGUCCUCCAGAAGUCUUAGGAACAGCUUCUAUCCAAUUUGAUCUUCUCACUUCCUCCGUAGAGUUUCUUUCACGAGAAGGUAUCCGGAAUGCUCUAUUACGAUCUAAACCCACUUCGAACGCAACACAAAGUCGACAAGAUGCUGCCUUGGCUAGAACACCUUUCAGAUUAGGUCUAAUAAUAUCAAGUCUACUAUGCGGUAUUUACAUUUACAGUGCGCCGAAGGAGACAGCGGGACAAAAGUAUUUCUAUGUGUCAUUAGGAAUGUACUUAGUCGGAUCCAUGAUGGAGCUUUUGGUAGAACCUUUAGCUAUCAGAGCUUUGAGGGAGAACCCACCACGGAUGAGGGUACGUGUACAAGCACAAGGAGGGAUGGCAAUUGUCAAAGCGACUGUUACUGUGAUCUCUAUAGUCGUUCUGGGUGGAGAUAGGGCUUUAUUAGGAUUCGCAAUGGGUCAAUUAGCAGGACAGGUUUGGUUAGCGGGGAGGUAUAUCUCGGAGUAUAGACCGAGACCGGGUGAAUUGAUAUGGGAGUCAAAGAAAGAAGGAGAAAAUAGAUACGACUCAGAAGCUUGGAAAUUAGCUGUUGCCAAUACAAGACAAGGAAUGAUGAAACAACUCUUGACUGAAUCGGAUAGGAUAGCCGUCAGUAGGAUAUGUCCUCUGGAAGAUCAAGGUGGUUAUGCGGUAGCUAUGAAUUAUGGCUCUUUAAUCGCUCGAAUAAUAUUCCAACCAUUAGAAGAAACGCUACUUCUAUAUUUCUCCUCUUCCCUCAAUUCCCCAUCCACUCUACCCCUACUCAUUCUCUCUCUCCGCUUUUCCACUCAUUUAUUCCUUCUCAUACUCACUUUCUUACCACCUCUUUAUCCUACCAUCCUCCCUCUUCUCCUUCCAAAACGAUACAUCCUCACUUCCGCUCCCAAAACUCUGGAAACGUAUCUUUUAUGGUAUAUCCCUCUUUUAAGUGUGAAUGGAAUAUUGGAAUCUUUUCAUUCCGCUUCUGCCUCACCUAUCCAAGUGUCUAAACAAGCGAAAUGGAUGAUUGGAUCUUCUUUCAUUUUCAUAAUUUCGUUAUUCUCUCUCACUCAUCUUUCAUCCAUUUCAUCUAUAUCUUCAUCCACCACCUCUCCCCUUUUAUCAAAUAAUACAGAAGCUUUCCUGAUUUACGCAUCUUGCGCAUCUAUGUUGAUUCGUAUCACUUAUGCGUUCUCUCACGCUAUUAAUUUCCCUUUCUCUCCAUCUCUUUCUUCGCAGUCAUCAAAACGGGACAACGAGGGACGUGAUCAAAUGAAAGGUCGUACUGAGAGGAAAACGCAGGAUGAAGGACAGACGAAGAAUAUCUCACUCAGAGAUGUGUUACCCAACUUGAGCACGAUUAGCGCGGCCAUAGCUUCCAGCGGGUUGUUAUGGUUUAUCAGAGGUACAUACUUAUAUGAUCAGUCGUUAUGGGGAACAAUCCGGUUCAUAGGCUUAAGUGGGAUUUGUGGAAUGGGGAUGUUGUUCGUCAUGUGA